CUCAACAAGCGCACCACCUCUGGACCACUACCAAAAUGAGGGCCUUCAUUGUCGCCGCCCUUCUGGCCGUCGCUGCCGCCGACAAGCUGCCUGCUGCCUACAGGGCUCCUGCUGCCUACAGAGCUCCGGUUGCCUACGGGGCCCCUGCUACCUACAAGGCCCCGACUUCCUACGAGGCCCCUGCUAGGUACGAGGCCCCGGCUACAUACGAGGCUCCUGCUACCUACCAGGCUCCUGCUAAGUACGAGGCCCCAGCUAGGUACGAGGCCCCCGCUAAGUACGAGGGCCCUGCUAAGUACGAGGCCCCCGCUACCUACGAGGCCCCGGCCAAGUACGAGGCUCCGGCUGCCUACGAGGCCCCGGCUAAGUACGAAGCCCCUGCAACCUACGAGGCCCCUGCUAAGUACGAGGCUCCGGCUACAUACGAGGCCCCGGCUACCUACGAGGCCCCUGCUACGUACGAGGCUCCUGCUAAGUACGAGGCCCCUGCUGCCUACGAGGCCCCUGCUACCUACGAGGCUCCUGCUACCUACGAGGCCCCUGCUAAGUACGAGGCCCCUGCUACCUACAAGGCCCCGACUGCCUACGAGGCCCCUGCGAAGUACGAGGCCCCGGCUACCUACGAGGCCACUGCUAAGUACGAGGCCCCUGCUAAGUACGAGGCCCCUGCGAAGUACGAGGCCCCGGCUGCCUAUAAGGCCCCGGCUGCCUACAAGGCCCCGGCUGCAUACAAGGAGCCCGAGUACGAGCCGUCCCCGUACGCGUUCGACUACUCUGUCAGCGACUACGAGACGGGCUCCAAGUUUGCCGCCAAUGAGAACAGCGACGGCAAGCAGACGUCCGGCUACUACACGGUGGCUCUGCCCGACGGCCGCAUCCAGACGGUCAAGUACACCGUCGACGACUACGCCGGCUACAACGCCGAGGUCACGUACGAGGGCGAGGCCCAGUACCCGGAGGAGCCCGUCUACAAGGCCGCUCCGGCUCCGGCUCCCGUCUACAAGGCUGCUCCCGUCUACAAGGAGCCUGAGCAGGAGCCCGUCUACGCCUACCGCCCCGUCCAAAAGUAUAACAACUAGUGGUGCUUUCUUAUCAGUUACAAUAUUUGCAUGAUGCGUAUUAAGUGUUUGGAGGACGUUGUGUCAUUUUCUGAUCUAAUGGUCCGCUGAAGCAGUGAUAUGUGAUAUUUAUUGUUUUCUUGUCCGUGUGUACUUACGUAAUAUACUC